AUGUUUCCUAUCAUCCUAGCUGCGUUGGCGUGUAUUCCGAGACUACUUGGCUCACCUUCUUGUGCUAAGUUUGAGCCAUCUUUGGCGCGGCAUCACGAAGGCAGCAUAAAUAAUUUCUCUUACCCACCGGAAGACGAGCCAGGACCAAAACCACUCUCUGCUUGGGUCAAACGCUAUCAAAAAGCUAAAUCUCGAGGCCUUAUUCCUUCCAUGAGGCCUUCGAUUUUAAACAACGGAGCUCCCGAGUACCCCUUUUACUCCGAUUCAACAGUCUCGAACCCCAGGAAAGUUUGCAGCUGGACCGUUUCUAAAUGUACUUCCCCCAGAGAUAUCGUAACCGCGCCUCAGGGGGAGAUGGGGAUUUCUUUCGAUGACGGCCCCCAGCCACCGACUUCUGAGCUGUUGUCUUUCUUGAGGGAGAACAAUCAGAGCGCGACCCAUUUUAUGAUUGGCUCCAGGAUUCAUCAGAGCCCGAAAUUGUUGCUUGAGACCUUCAACGAGAACCACGAUCAUAUUGCGGUCCAUACUUGGUCUCGUGAAACCUACAACUAUUUGACUGACGUGAAGGAUUUUGAUCAAAAAGAUCCUUGUGAUAUUGACAAUCGCGUCCGAGCGAUCAGUCAACAUGUAUUUGGUCUCAAGACAGUAAUGUGGUCGACAGAUCCGAAUGAUUGGUGUCUCUCUGAUGAAUCUUCACCUGGAUCUGAUUGUGCACCGGGUACAGGCCCACAAAAUAUGAGGCAACUGAUCCAUGAUCUGAAACAUCGCAUACGCCAUGGUGUUCAUGGGGUUCCCUCGAGUAGAAGAUUUCCAAAGCACGGAAUUAUAAGCUUGGAGCACGAAUUAUCCUACAGAACAGUCGGGAGCUUUAUUAAGACCUACCCAUUAGCCAAAUCUCUCGGUUGGGACACUAGGCCUAUACCGGAUCUUUUCGGGCUAGAGUGGUACCAAGAGCCAGUGUCAAAUUCCACUCAUGCUGGAAUUCUUCCUGUACUGAAGGGGCCAUUGAUCGCGAACCACACAGUUCCCAUCAACAGUACAAAUUCUUCGCAAGCUGAGCUACCGAACCACAGAAAUGAAACCACGAAUGUGACGCUCCCCCACUCGCACGACAUAAACUCGUCCCUUGUUCGCUUCCCGAUCCGAAAUGAUGGAGAUACACUUCUACCAAGUCGACUGGUGGUGGCGCUGGCCUUGUUAAUUUUCUUCCCGGCGCUAUUAUAUUAA